AUUCUUGAUUGGACUCUCUGUGUCGGUGUGGAGAGGACGGUGGUGUUUUAAGUGUCUUUUUUGUUGUUGUUUGGAGAUCGGACGAGAGGUUUUUUUGGUUACCCGGCGAGCGAGAGUCCUGUCCGCGGUAAUCUUAUGAAUGUAGGCCACGGCGCUUGUUGGCCGGGGCUGGGGUCGAUGAUCGCGGAGCACUGCCCUCCACAGAGUGCGCUAGCAGCGCCGGGGCACGGCUUGCUCGCGGUAGUUGACUGGAAACCACAGCUCCUGCCAGCUCGAAACACCGUGAUCAGCCGCUUGCCAUAAUAAAUCGGCGUCUGAGAAAGGUUGGAAAAGCUGCUGAAAGUCUCGGCCACGAUCAAGGUGAUUCAAGUUGCGCAUCGUCAUCGGCGGGGAAAGAAUCACAAACAUCUUUACUGCUGGAACAGGUAAACAAGAGAACGGUUUUUCGCGAUUUGCGGCAGUGUACAGUACAUACACUUCCCUUGUUCGACCCGGUGCCGAUGCGACACACAACAGAACGGGUUCACAGAACAGACGAAAUGAAGCGCUGCUCUAUAGAUAUUGACUUUCCCAACGGGACCUGCCUCAAUUCCAAAUCACCAAAGAUGGAAGUUGUCUGCAAUAACAACAACAACGAGCCAGUUUUCAAGAAGUUGCCGCCCACAAAGCGCUGGAGUGGUCUGUACAAAGGCAGUGACGACCGCCUGUCCAUCUCCCCGUUGGCUAAGAGCCCCGGACGGGAUGAGGUGUUCAUGUGCGAAGAGUCGACCGUGGACGGCAUCUCCAUGCACUGCCGCCCGCCGCUGCCCCCACCCCCGUUACUGAUGGUGCCCAACCUGAUCCCACCGUCCCCCGCCUCUACCUCCAGUGCCCCGGAGGGCGGGCUGCUGCUGAAGGCUAAGCGCCCUUCCCUAGGGGGCGUGGACUCCCCAAUGUGUGCCAUCAGCCCUUUCUCCGUCCUGUCCUCGCCCAGCUGCCAGCCCUCGCCCACGCCCAGUCUUCCCACGCCCAGUGCGUUCCUCCCACCCUCGUUGCCCGGCGGCAACUUCCUUUUUCCGCCGUUCACUGCCGGCAUCCCGCUUUCCUCUGCCUCCUCACGUUUCCCCUUCCCACCGCAACUGCCAUUCCAGCCCCACCAGCUCCUGCGGGAGAACGAACUCAAGCUGCGCUCGCAGUCGGAGAGCGCCGUCUCAGGGCUGGACAGUCAGGGGCAUAGCGAGGAGAGCAACUCGGAUGAGGACGACUCCCUGAUGCUAUGCAGCAUCUGCUGCGACAAAGCUACAGGCCUGCACUACGGCAUCAUCACAUGCGAGGGGUGCAAAGGAUUCUUCAAGAGAACAGUUCAGAACAAACGGGUGUACACAUGCGUUGGCAGUGGGAACUGUGAAGUCACAAAAGCGCAACGAAAUCGAUGCCAAUUUUGCCGAUUUCAGAAAUGUUUACAGAUGGGCAUGAUGCUCGAAGCUGUUAGGGAGGACCGAAUGCCAGGGGGUCGAAACACAGGACUUUCGUACAAGUGCAAACCCAAGAACUAUGAUAAGCUGCGGAAAAAGUUCCAGCAAAUUGCCCAGCAGAAGGCUCAGCUCAGCCGCAAGAACAGGGCUGACAAGCAAGCGCUGAAGGCCGCCCGAGACUCGCUAAAGUCUGAGAAGGACCAGAAGAGCAAGAGCCCCACCCACAGCCCCGCCCACAGCGGCAACGGGAGCAGCAGCAGCAGCAACAAUGGCAGCAGCGCCUGCGGCAGCAGGGACAAGAACCAGUCCCAGCUCGACGUGCGGCAACUCCGGCCUCAGACAGCGCAGUUGAUUGAAGUCCUCCAGCAGACAGAGUCGGCGGUCCUUAAGAUGUCCGGCAAGGAGAAUGGCAGCAAGCAUGGGCAAAGCCACCACCCGGUCUCGCCGCCCACCUCGGCCCCGCCCAGCGGGAUGGGGGCGUCGGGGACCGGGCUGGAGGAAUUCAUGCACCAGCAGUGCUCCCUGGGCGAUGCCCUGGUCUUCAACCUAGUCCAGUGGGUCAAGCACCUGCCAUUCUUCACCCAGCUCUCGCCUGUGGAGCACACCUACAUCCUCAAGACCAAGUGGCUGGAACUGCUGAUCCUGUGCACGGUGGCACGGGCCAUGUACUUCAAGCAGAACAGCGGGGAGAAGGUGCUAGGCUUUGAGCACUGCGUCCACCAGAACCUGCUGACGCUGCAGGAGUGCAUGAACAAGACCAUGGACCUCAAACUGGACAUGGGCGUGUUCCGAGAAGAGAUGGGGGAGGCAGUGGAAGAACUCACCCGGCUGGCGGCAUCCUUCCGAACCCUCAAUGUCUCCCGCAAUGAGUACCUCCUCCUCAAAGUGAUCAUCCUGCUAAAUCUCAAAAACGGAGCUAGCAGUGACCUGAUCCGCCAAGUCCAGCACCCGUACAUCCUGGCCCUGCGCGACUUUGCGGAGGUGAACCAUCAGAAGAGUCGCUUUGACGACCUGAUGUGCCAGCUGCCGGAGCUGCAGCGGUGCGCCGAGCUGUUGUCCAAGAGCAAGCUACUUUACAUGCCCUAUCUGUUGAAUGCCGUCGCUGGGGCCAAGUCCUGAACCAUGCUGAGAUUGUCCCCUCCAAAACAUGUCCUCUGAUGCAAUGCAUACAUGUACGUCAUUGAGUUACAAAUAAUGGUCCCGGAUACUAAUUAUUAGGUCCGUGUAUCUUUGGGCUCAUUUUGCUUGGAAUGUAUACUUAUGAAUGGGAAGUAAAAUAGCCUUGCAACAAAAGGGAAUUCCCCUUGCUAAAAAUAGUUAUGGUACAUGUUACCGGAUACGGGAAAACUAAGAACCUAAAGAUCAUUCUUUUGUUGGGGGGGGGAUGGUUUUGUUAGUGUGCAUUCAAACGAGAAAGUUACCCUUCUAUUUUGAUUUUUCACUCAGUCUGGCACCCUAUUGAAACUGGACAAGAUGUGGGUAAAGUGAGAAACCUGAAGGGUGUCCAUUGGUUUACAUCAGCAGCAUGGUGGAUUGAUUUGCAAAGUUAGGGAGGGCUCACCAAUCUGUUACGUCCCACCUAAUCGUAGGAUCUGCCAAAAUGGGAGGGGAGAUUCCAUGCCCCCCGUGAGAGAAAAAAAAAAGGGGGAGGGGCACUGGUCCCCCUUUGCUGUCGGUGAGUUUCAAUUGGCAGGAUUCUCUUGGAGGCCUGUGGUUCAGAAGUGGAUCCGAUAACUUGCGACUCAUUUUGUUCGGUCGGGUCACUAUUAAUCUGGUUGGCAUUUGGCCUGAAGGAAUGUUAAAGGGGGGGGUGCCGGUAUUUCUGUGUUCAAAAAGAAAGUAUUCCUAUAAAUUAGUCGGAACAUUUUUAUAGAAAAUACCAAAAACAUAUAUACUACCAAAAUAAAUCAGUCUUUAAAAUAUAGUCAUUUUUGUCCUGUGCAUUAUCAGUGUAUAUAAUGUAUUAUAGUUGUCAGUGUCAAAACACUGACUUGGAAAAUUAAGUAUCUGUACAUAAUUUAAAGUAUGAUUUAAAGCAAAAAACUGACCUCUGAAUUUUUAAUUAAACAAUUUUUCCAACUGUUUUUUAAAAACAGGAAGAGAAUUUUUUUUUAUGUAAAAGGCUGAUUGGAUCAACAUGUGCUUGAGACUAUUACCUGGUUGCCAUGGUGACGUCAUCUAAUACAAACAUUUGCAAUCUUUGUGGAACCCCCACCCGCCGUAAAAUUUUUGGGGAAAAAUAUUUUUCAGGGAAAUCAUAUUUUUUGGUUUCGUCCCCCCUCCCUAGCCCCACCUACAAAAGAACAACUUUGUUAAUAAAAUAAAAUUGUGGUUGUGUACUUUUGCGCGUUAAGUAAAAAGUGACAACUUUGCGUACAGACGGUUGUAUGUCUUACGUCCCCCCCAAAAAAAGGAGUUGUACAAUGCCUUUACAAUGGUUUCCAUUCACACCUUUGCCAAUUCGCACUGUAGUUCUUUAAGGCACGAGAACAUCUCACAAAUCUUGGAGAGUUUUUCUCCUUUAAACUCCGUGUAAACGUGUGUGAAAUGGUUUUUAUGUACGUCUCGUGGGAUUAGUACCUGUACAAAAAUACUCCAUUGUUGGCAUUGUUCAUGCGACUGAGAUUUUACAAUGUUGGAUGAUGAGGUUGAUGAUAAACUAGCAGACGGCAGGCCUAACAUGAGUGAAUUUGUGCUGGUCUCCAUUUAAAAGGGAUUAUUACUAGCACAUUUUGGUUUGGUCAUGUUGCCAGCGACAAUUCCACCGAAAACAAUUCUAUACAUUAACAUUUUUAUUGCGUGUUUAGCAUAGAAUGUGCAUACACUUCAUAGAUUUCAGCCAAAGAGAAUUGUUUUGGCGGUCACUACCAGAAUUAUAUAUGUAAAUUGAUAUAUUUUUUGAGCAUGUUGUGUGGUAUAGAUGGCAAGUCCGGGAGGUUCUUCGGCUGCUGGAGGAGAGCUUGACUGUGUUCUUGUCUCCUCUCUCGAAGGUGUAUGCCUCAUUUCUUACCCACCGAUUCUUCAUCCAUAUUUUUUGCAACGGGACAAGUUUUAAGAAACCAUUAAGAUGCCUUUCUCUCUGCUGUAGGCAUGAGUUAUUUUUUUUUUUUUCUGUUCUCAGCAUCCAGUUUUCACUGGAUGACCGAAUUAAGUAGCUGUCGACUUAGCUACGUCUUGCUAAGUUGUACACUGUCAUGUUUAAGAUAUUUUUGUCAAAGGAGGAGACACCUUUAGGGGUGAUUGUCAACAGCUAUAGGAAAUUUUAAUUGGUGUAAUGAUAAGAAUUGUAGGUUUUUUAUGUUAAGAGGGGAUUUUGGGUCUUUUUUUUGUGAGGUGUGUGUGGGAUUUCAAACAAAACCACCGACAGUAUUUCGCCUGUAUAUAUUACCAUAAACAAAAUUCAUGCAUUUGUAUAAUUGUCCUCUAGAAAAUAUUCUUGUGAAGAACAAAAAAAAAAGAAAAGAAAAAGAAAAGAAAAAAAAAA